AACAUUUGAUGGUCUAAUUCCAUAUCGUCUUGGUCUUUGACUCCCAUAAUGUCUUGGUUUGCCGAGCUUGCUGGUAAGGCAGAGGACCUUCUCAACAAAGUAGAUCAAGGAGCCGCCUCCGCUUUAAGCAAGAAAGACGCUGCAGAUAGUGGGCCCUACAGCAAUAGUCACUUAGAUGCUGUCAUCGAGUACCCCAAGGUGAACCACCAACAACAUCAGAUGUCAUCCAAAUCGAGCUUUAUCUCUUCCGCAGCAGAUAAUAUUAAGCACCAGAAAGCAACCAUCCUAGCAGGGACCGCAAAUGUGAAAGCGACUUCCAGGACGUCUGUAGAACCUUUGCCUUCUGCAGAAACGGUUUCCACACCCAGACCGUCUUCCCAGUUUGUGAGAAGGAAAAAAUCUGAACCAAAUGACGAACUCCUCUUUGACUUUCUCAAUAGCUCUGAAAAAGAACCAAAUGGAAAAAUGGACCUCAGACGGGAGAAAAGCAAAGCAGCCCCUGCUCAGAAUCAUUCACGGACUUCGAGCAUUAGCUCCAUGUCGGCCAGUUCACAGAGUGUCAAAACUGGAGAAGAUGUUUCCCUCAGGAGUCAGAACGAUACUCCCGAUAGCUCCAGUUCUGGCGUAGAGAAAGAUGUGGAUGUCAAAAAAGAGUUUUCACCAAGUGCAGAAGCGAACCCAAGCCUGGCACCCAGCGACAGCGCAUCACAUGAGCUUUCCAACCUCCGACUGGAGAAUCAGCUCCUACGGAACGAGGUGCAGUCUUUGAACCAAGAAAUGGCAGCAUUAAUACAGCGAGCCACUGAAACUCAAAAAGAACUAAACAAUGCCCGAGCAAGAGUUGAAAAGUGGAAUGUUGACAAUUCAAAGAACGACAGGUUUGUCCGCGAACUUCAGGCUCGGGUGGACGAUCUGACGGAAGCUGCCUCUGCCAAGGAUUCCCAGUUGGCUGUCCUGAAAGUGAGGCUACAGGAAGCUGAUCAGCUUCUGAAUUCACGGACCGAAGCGCUGGAAACCCUGAAGACGGAAAAAUCUCGAAUAAUACAGGAUAAUUGUGAAGGAAACAGCUUGCACAAUCAAGCUCUUCAGACUCUUCAGGAGAGGCUACAUGAUGCAGAGUCUACGCUCAAACGGGAGCAAGAUGGCUACAAGCAGAUGCAGAAUGAGUUUUCAGCUCGCCUCAGCAAAAUGGAGGCCGAACGUCAGAGCUUGGCGGAAGCCGUGACUGCAGCCGAGAGAAAGUGCACGGAGGAGAAGCGGAGAGCCGACGAAUUUCAGCAACAAGUCAAAGUAGCCAAAGCCAACCUGGAGUCUGCUAAACAAGAACUGGUGGACUACAAGCAAAAAGCUACACGCAUUCUCCAGUCUAAAGAAAAGUUGAUCAACAGCCUGAAAGAAGGCUCCGGCAUUGAAGGCUUGGACAGCCAAACAGCCAGCCUCAUGGAGCUGGAGGAGCUGAGGCACGAGCGAGAGACCCAGAAGGAGGAAAUGCAGAAGCUCCGGGGGCAGGUGCAGCAGCUGAGGACGGAGCUCCAGGAUAUGGAAGCACAGCAGAUGAGCGAAGCGGAGUCCACCAGAGAACAGAUCCAGGAUUUGCAGGAUCAAAUCUCCGUGCACAAAACAGCCAAGCAAGAAGCGGAGGCUGAACUGGAGAGGCAGAAACAGGAGCUCCGCUAUACUGAAGAAGAAUUGUACCGGACAAAGAAUACGUUGCAGAGUCGAAUAUCAGACAGAGAAGAAGAAAUUCAGAAGCUGAGAAACCAGUUAACAAACAAAACAUUGAGCAGCAGUAGCCAGUCUGAGCUGGAAAAUAGGCUACAUCAGCUGACAGAAACCCUAAUUCAGAAGCAGACUAUGCUGGAGAAUCUGGGCACGGAAAAGAACUCCUUGGUCUACCAGCUGGAGCGAAUGGAGCAGCAGCUGAAGGCUGUCCAAGGCAAUUCAGCAAAUGGUCCCUCCAUUAAUAUGGCCGGAAUUGACAGCAGUGAAGGCACUCGCAUGCGAAACGUUCCUGUUCUUUUUAGUGACAUCGACGUUAACAUGGCAGGAAUGUAUGGCAGAGUCCGCAAAGCUGCCAGCAGUAUAGAUCAAUUCAGCAUCCGAUUAGGAAUCUUUCUACGACGGUAUCCCAUUGCAAGAGUGUUUGUAAUCAUUUAUAUGGUGUUGCUUCAUCUGUGGGUCAUGGUGGUUCUGCUUACCUAUACUCCAGAGAUGCAUCAUGACAAUCCAAGCGGCAACUAAACCACAAUCCUGGAACGGCCAUUUCCCUGAUGAUUCAUAAAGUU